GUUGCUUCUCAUUGUAGGUGAAGGUUUUGUGUUUUGGCUUGUAGCACGUGCUCCUAGAUGAGUCAACAUUGCGAAGGUAGGGAAGUUGGAGGACUAAUUUCCCCACCUAUUUCUGCCUUGUUUGACAUCUCGUGUCGCCCGAUCUUGUGCUCCCCACUUUUGCCCUUUUGGAUGAUUAUUCGUGUCUAUGUGAAAAUUCACACCCUUAUGUCGCUCCAAUUUUUCUGUUCCUUUAACUCUUCUUGAAAAUUUUAAAAAGUUAAAUUUUCAUAUGUUUUAUGUUAAAUUUCAUCAAUGAGCUUAGUUGCACCUUUGAUGUUAGAAACCGCUCAAAUUUGAUGCUGAAUCUUUUCAGCUCAAAUGCAAUUUCUUCGAAAGCCAAUAUCCCGAAAUCCCGUUUUGCGAGCAGUCCAACAGGGCAUUAAACUUUUAGAAUGGCAUCAGAAUCAGAAGAGAAAUCCUUCCUUCUUAAGCAGUUUUAUGAUCUCUGUGAGGACGGUGUCAACCGGUCCUGUAACUGCAUUAAAGCAAGGGCCAGAAAGGAAGAGGAAAGGAAUUCGUCUGUUAAGGGGAAACAAUGGGAUUUAUAGGAACCCUAAAGACUUGGUUUCGUGGAACUCGAAGAUUACGCAAUAUGCAAAAAGUAAGCGAAUUGAGGAUGCACGUGAAGUGUUUGAUAAAAUGCCCGAACGAGAUGUAGUAUCCUGGACUGCCAUGAUUGCAGGGUAUGCUCAGGACGGUCAUUUGGAUGAUGCAUGCCAACUGUUUAACGAAAUGCCCGAACGAGAUGUGGUGGCUUGGAAUGCGAUGGUUGCGGGAUAUGCACAGAAUGGGAGGAUCGAGGAUGCGCGCGAGUUGUUUGACGACAUGCCUCAACGAAAUGUGGCGUCCUGGAAUGCAAUGGUAGCUGGGUAUGUGCAAAAUGGGAGAAUAGAGGAUGCACGCCAACUGUUUGAUAUAAUGCCUGAACGAAAUGUGAUAUCGUGGACUGUGAUGGUUGCAGGGUAUGUGCAAGAAAGGAGAAUGGAGGAUUCUCAGAAGCUGUUUGAUGUGAUGCCAGCGAGGAAUGCUGUGUCGUGGACUGCAAUGGUUAAUGGGUAUGCCAGUGAUGGAAGAGUAGAGCAUGCGCGGAAGCUUUUUGACAGAAUGCCAAGACGGGAUGUGGUUUCCUGGAACGCAAUGAUUGCAGCGUAUGCCCAAAAGGGUGAUAUGGAAGAAGCACAUAGACUGUUUGAUAAAAUGCCUGAACGAAAUUUGGUGUCGUGGAAUUCGAUGAUUUCAGGGUACUCCCAUAGUGGGAGGCUGGAGGAUGCGCGGCAAGUAUUUGAUAGAAUGCCAGAACGGAAUAUGGUGUCAUGGACUUCAAUGAUUGCAGGAUAUGCACAGGAUGGUAAUGGAGAGGAUGCCUUAAAUGUUUUUAAUAAAAUGCAGCAUGCUGGUAUGAAGCCUGACCAGAUGACAUUUGCCAGUGUUGUCAAUGCAUGCGCUUGCAUAGCAGCAUUGCAGCAAGGUAGACAGGUGCACCAGUACGUUAUCAAGAUUGGAUUUGAAUCGGAUAUUUAUGUUGGCAAUACUCUUAUUACCAUGUAUGCGAAAUGUGGGAGGCUAGACGAUGCUAGGCACACAUUUGACAAAAUGCACAAACAAGAUGCUGUUUCAUGGAAUUCAAUGAUCACAGGUUAUGCUCAACAUGGUCAUGGAAAGGAGGCAAUACGCCUCUUUGAACGAAUGCAUCAAGUUGGCAUGAAGGCCGAUCACAUAACCUUUGUCAGUGUUUUGUCUGCUUGUAGCCAUGCUGGGUUGGUACUGGAAGGAUAUCACUACUUUGAUUUAAUGAGUAGAGAUUUUCAUAUCACACCCAGGGCAGAACAUUAUGCUUGCAUGGUGGAUCUUCUUGGGCGCUCUGGGUUGCUGGAUAAAGCAAAGGAUUUGAUUGAUAGAAUGCCGAUAGAGCCCACUGCCGCGGUAUGGGGAUCUUUACUGAGUGCCUGUAGGACUCAUAUGAAUUUGGAGUUGGGUAAAUACGCAGCGGAGCAUCUUUUUGAAUUGGUACCGGAAAUGGCUGCACCAUAUGUCCUAUUGGCAAAUAUGUAUGGUGUGGCUCGGAGAUGGGAGGAUGUUGCAAAAAUCCGGACAUUGAUGAAAGACAGGGGAGUGAAAAAGAAGCCAGGCAUUAGUUGGAUCAUGACCAAAAACAAGGUGCAUAUAUUUGUGGCAGAAGACAGAUCGCAUCCUCAAACAGAGGAGAUCUAUGUAAUGUUGUUUGCUCUCUCUAGAAAAAUGGAAGAGGCGGGUUAUGUACCAGUCACAAACUUUGUGCAUCAUGACAUGGAUGAGGAGACAAAAGAACAGUGUCUCUCUUACCAUAGUGAGAAACUUGCUAUCUGUUUUGGGCUUAUUGCUACACCCGUAGGGACACCCAUCCAUGUUAUGAAGAACCUUCGUGUUUGUGGGGAUUGUCAUUCUGCCAUUAAGUUCAUAUCUAAGAUUGUUGGUCGAGAACUUAUUGUAAGGGAUGCCAAUCGGUUCCAUCAUUUUAACAGUGGGCUGUGCUCGUGUGGGGAUUAUUGGUAAUGUAUAUGAAACAACAGAAAUUUUUUUCGAGGUAUGAGGAAGGGUGCAUGGUGUAUGAUGUGGACCCCAAGUUGCCGCAAAAGUUUUAGUAAACCAAGUCGAUUUUUAUUUUA